CUGCAAUGGUGUCGGCCCGUCUAAUAUGAGCAGCAUAUAAUAACACGACUUCGACAACGGGACGUCUUCCUCGAGCACCCAUACCCGCUCUCGGCCACGACGGAGAUGCUGCUCACACGUUUCUUGGCCUUGGGUCUCGCUUCCUUCGCCGUCGCCACUCGCGUCUCGGAACCUGUCAAGCGCGUCGCGCACGAAAUCCGUCGGUCUCUUCCCCACGGAUGGAGUCUAGUCCGACGCGCAGAGCCCGACGUGAUACUCCCCCUCAGCGUCGGGCUCGUGCAAUCCAACCUAGAAAACCUUGAGACGUACCUCCUCGACGUCGCACAUCCGGAGUCUCCGAACUACAGCAAGCAUUGGACCCCCGCCCAGGUCGCGGACGCGUUCCGCCCGUCCACGGAGUCCGUCGACGCAGUCCGGGAAUGGCUCAUCGAGGAUGGGUCAAUCGACGCGAGCAGGAUCGUCCUUAGCAAGAGCGGGAGCUGGGUCACUGCAAACGUCACCGUGUCUGAGGCGGAGCGUCUCCUGGGCACGGAAUACUUCGUGUAUGCGCACUUCGAGGACGGGCGGGAGCACAUCGCAUGCCACGGCGCGUACCAUGUGCCCGAGACUGUCUCGAGGCACGUCGACCUCAUCACUCCGACGCUGCACUUCGAUGUCAAGGUCCGCAGGCACGGGAGCACCGAUCGCGCGACCGCCGCCAAGCAAGUUGGCAGCGUGGGCUUCGGCGCUGCGCCCAAGAUCGGCGAUGUCAUUCAUACCAUCUUCACGGAUCUCGAGCACUGUGACGAAACCAUUACUCUUGCAUGCUUGCGCGUGCUCUAUGAUUUCGUCUACCAGCCCGUGGCGGCUGACAAAAACUCCAUCGGAGUCGUCGAAUACACGCCGCAAAGCCACAACCCAUCCGACUUCGACGUCUUCUUCGGCAACUACUCCAAGAACCAAGUCGGCGAGCGUCCCACUCUAGUCAGCAUUGACGGCGGAUUCAUCGACCCCGAAGGUGACUUCGGCGAAUCUAGCCUCGAUCUACAGUAUGUCCUCGGUCUUGUAGGCACAAAGCAGAAUGUGCUUCUGUACCAAACCGGCGACAAUGUGGAGGGCGCCUCGUUCAACAACCUUCUCGAUGGCAUAGACGGCUCUUACUGCACAUUCGAAGGUGGUGACGACCCCAGCCAGGACGGGAUAUACCCGGAUACCGACCCCGGAGGCUACGCCGGCCCCGAAGAUUGUGGUGGCAAGCCCACCGCGUACGUCAUCUCAACGUCCUACGGCUACCAGGAGGCAGAUCUUACGCCGGCCUACAUGCAGCGCCAGUGCGCGGAGUACGGAAAGCUCAGCUUGACCGGCAUCACGUUUGUCUACUCCUCGGGCGACUCCGGAGUGGCUGGUCCCGACGGCUCUUGUCUCACCGAGGAUGGUCAGCAGGAGCUUGGUGCGCCUCGCUUCAGCCCCACCUUUCCUGGAGGGUGCCCAUACGUCACCUCCGUCGGUGCGACCCAGGUCGUGCCAGGGCACAAAGUUACGGACAGGGAGAGUGCGGUGUUCCAGCGGUUCCCCUCCGGCGGCGGUUUCUCAAACGUCUUCCCGCGGCCCAGUUUCCAGAAAGCUGCGGUUGCCGGAUACCUGGAGAAAUAUCCCCGCCCUACGCCGCUGUUCCGCCUGAUAUCUGGGACGUCCGCGUCUGCCCCGACAUUUGCAUCCAUCCUGUCUGCGAUCAACGAUGCUCGUCUCGCGGUCGGGAAGAAGCCCGUCGGCUGGGUUAACCCAGCUCUUUACUCCCCAACGAUCUCUUGGGCAUUCAAUGACAUUAUCAACGGUUCCAACCCUGGAUGUGGCACGAACGGCUUUGCGGCACGCCCUGGCUGGGAUCCAGUUAGUGGUCUAGGCACCCCGAACUUCCUGAAGCUCUUGCCGCAGUUCCUCCUGCUGCCUUGA